CUUCCCCUUCAAGCAGCGAUUUUGUUGUGUUGACUGUUGUCGAGCUGCGAGAUCAAGGAUUUUCUUGUACUUCAAUCUUCUUUCAUAUUUUGAAGGAGUUGAUUUUAGGUGUAGUUACUAGCACAAUGAACACCCUAGUUGCCCGUGGAAAUGCUGUGUUUGCCUUCGGAUUUUCAGCAGUCUCAGCUCUUUCGUUAGCUUGCUUUUUGUCAACAUGUAUGAUCAGUUAUAAUGCAGACGUCACUAUUACACCUGGAAAGAUAGUUAUCAAGCAAGUAGCUGGUGGUCCAGGUGGCGUGGAUGGCCCUGCUGAUUUGGCGUUCAUGAAGUUUGGACUUGAUGCAGAUAUCCUCCUUAUUCACAGAUCCUAUGCCAGACUCAAGUGUGUAGACAUAUACCAGCAACAGAUCUUGAUGGAGUUGAUGUUGAAACUAAUGGAUUGGGUGUUUUUGUUUAACAUUCAAAUGUACAUGACAGCAUUUUCCUUGACCAGUGACUUAUCUGCACAUUUCACAGACAUUUUUAACUGGAACACCAAGAUGCUGUUUGUCUAUCUGAUGGCAGAGUACAAAACGAGUAAUAAUGCCCUGAGUCAAGUAGUGAUUUGGGAUAAGAAGAUCAUGCGUGGAGACAAUGCACACGUCCAGCUGGAGAACAUGAACACCAAAUAUCACUUCAUUGAUGACGGCACAGGACUCAGGGGUAACGACAACGUGACGCUCGUGCUGCAGUGGAAUGUCAUACCCAACACUGGCUCACUGCCAUUCAUAUCUGGUGGUGCUCAGCGCAUGCACCUACCCUCGUCCUAUGUGAAGUAAUCCAUCACCAGCUCCAUCAGUUUAGACCUCUAUCCGAAUCAUUUCACCUGUACAUAGCAGCAAUUAUCUGGGUUUUUAGUAAAUUUGUACAUCUUCCCAUCAUCCUUACUACUGCGUAACUAUCACUUUUAGCACGCAAGCAUGGAACACUGAUCUCUUCUUCUUUUUUCUCGUCAAGAAAGAGCUCGCUGUGUUAUUGAGGAACUGCAUGACAACAUGAUUGUACUCAUUCCAACCUGACAAUGUGA